ACCGUGGACUCGCUGUAUACCACUAUGUACGACGGGCCACUUUGUUCCCUUUACUUUAGCUGUAGAUCAGUCUAUCAGUGAAGCGUUAUCGGUUCAUUGUGGAAGUGGCCUAAAUUCAACAGACAGGAACUGACGUGGACUUCAACAAGGAACGAUGUUGAAGUAAUAAUUAUCCGACAACUUUGUUUAUUAGACAUACACGAUGGUGUGUGGAUCGUCACAAACCGCCAGCGUCAACUUCUGCUUCGGACUGGCCAUCGGACUGGUGGUUGCUUUUGUGGUAGCCAGUCUGACGUCACUUCAGACACCUAUGCUGACGUCCAGAUAUGCCAAUAGUAUAAACAAGUUCCGAUACACUGUGAUAGACGAAAAUGGCGACAAUAAAACAUCAUCCCGCCGGAGCUCAGAUGGGCAUGAAAACUGGCGCGAGGAAGAAGAAAAGUUCCAUGAGGAGAUGGAUAAAAAAAUUGACAAAGUAAAACAAGUCGACUUUGACGAUUCCCACUUUCAUAAAGAUAACGACAAGGUGGCAAAGGAUCUAGAGAAGAAAAUCCGAGUUUUGUGUUGGGUGAUGACUAGUCCUCAGAAUUUAGAUAAAAAAGCAAUUCACGUGAAACGCACGUGGGCGAAACGGUGUAACGUCUUGGUGUUUAUCAGCUCCACAACAAACACAACGUUCCCAACAGUCGGACUCAACGUAUCGGAAGGCCGAGAACACCUCACAGCCAAAACCAUGCAAGCGUUUAAAUACGUUUACGAUACGCACUUCAAUGACGCUGAUUGGUUUGUGAAAGCUGAUGAUGACACUUACAUGAUAUUAGAAAACCUUCGUUAUUUCCUACAAUCUUACUCAAAGGAUGACCCUGUGUAUUUUGGACAUCAUUUUAAGACAAUAGUGAAACAGGGCUAUUACAGUGGAGGGGCAGGAUAUGUUCUCAGUAAGGAAGCGCUUAAAAGAUUGAUAGAAAAGGGAAAAGAUCCUAAAGUAUGCCGUCAAGAUGGCGGCGCCGAGGAUGCUGAGUUAGGAAAGUGUAUGGAGAAUCUGGGUGUCAGAACUGUUAAUUCUACAGACGCUUUAGGGCGAAGUAGAUUUCAUUGUUUCGACCCAGAGACACACUUAUUUGGCGGAUACCCUGACUGGUAUUAUAAAUAUGAUGCAAAUGGAGCUAAAAAGGGAACGGAGAGUAUCAGUGACUAUGCGAUUUCCUUUCACUAUGUACCGCCACAGAAGAUGUAUGCCUUGGAAUUUUACAUCUAUCAUUUACGUCCUUAUGGAUUAGAAUCAGGACACCAGGAUUUGAACGUACCCAGGCGAUAGUCGCUGAACAUUUUUAUAAAUCAUCUACAUUUUACUAUAAGGCAUUCCAGCGACUUUGAUUUGUACAACGCCGUAGAUGCAAAGUAUAGAGGCCCAAAAGGGUCACAUGUCACACCAAAUCAUAAGAUAAACUAAUAUACUAAUUUGGUAUGACGACCCAACAGAGCGCUUAGUACUUAAUACAAUGAAAAUUUGCCGUUCUCAGUUAACUAUCAUUAUUUAUUUUAUUCUUGGAAAUGAAUCCUGUUUUCUUUCCGCAUUGAAAAGCAUUAUUUUAUUAACAAGAUUAUUUUGCCAACAAUUUAUCCAAGUAUAACGGACGGGCAUAUGUGUGAUGGACAGACAGGAGAAAUGUGUGUUUGUGAUUAGACACCAAGUCAGUACUAAAUCAAGUGUUCGCUGAUUGUUUGACUGUGGAUUAAAAAGAGAAUUUUCAAUAUUCUAUAAUAAUAUAUCUUAUUUAAUUGUGACUUACAUUUUAGAAAAAAAGAUGUAUUCAAAAAGUGUUCUUAAGUAAUGACAUGCAGCUGUAUUGUGCCUUCUGAGAAUGAUUAGUCGAGGCUGAAAUACAUUCCAAGUCCUAGCCUAUGGCAAAAUGCUUACAAAAAUGAGGGAAAAUAUGGUGAAAGGUGACAUUCUGAUAUUAGAUAUAUUCCUUGUUCUUUAGAAAUGAUCUCAUGCAUUCUUACGUCCAAAUGUACUCUGAUAGUCAAUAUUAAAUUAAUGACACAAUCAAGAGUCUAUUAAUGAUACAAGGAUGGUUCUGGUGUGAGUUAAUGAAGCGUGUCCAGCUUUAUCCUCUAUAUACCCAAAGUUAUUAAAAUACUGAUUGUAUAUUCCACAUAUAUUCUAUGUAUGCACACCCCAACUUUAGAUAUGAACUCUGUUGUAAACAGUAAUCACUCUCUCUGUCCGUCCGUGACAAACUAUUUAUUCACAAGAUGUCUCGUUUUCAUACCAAAAUGCCACACACGGCCACUUUUGAAAAUUGACUUGUAUACAUGAUAUAUCUGCAACAUCUUCGUCAACUGCUAAUCCUCUUCCUAACUACUCCUAUACGUAGAUAGGGAGGUGGUCAUCGGUUAAAACAUUACACCAGAUGUCAUUUGAAAUAAGUAGACAAUGUACAAGAUGUCCCAUGAAAUCACGUAUACUAUUCUUGGGUCGGAGAAGAUAUCAAUGUAAACCCUGUAAUCAUUUUUGUUUGGCUGUGUUAGGCUUUUGUACAACAUUUCAUCAUUGUUUAUGUACUGUUUAAAAUUCAUUCCAAAUGAUCUUCUGUUCUUAUGUUAUUUACUUUUAUUCUAGAUAAUUUACUUAGCCAAUCCGUGUGUUUGUUUAAAAAGUCUGCACUUGUGUACCUAGAACCAACAGUAUACUUGUAUAGGUAUUUAAAGACAACAGCGACAGUGUCACGGUCUGUGAAAUAGAAACUACUAAACAUACAUGAAGGCCAGGUGUCACGUGGCUUGAGUGCUGUUAACUUUGAAAAUAUUUUUUGUGAAUUCAGUUAUAAGUAUAAUGUAUAUAUAUUUCAAUAUUUCAUUGAUAACAUCUUAAAUGUGAGUUUACUCUAGUGCAGUUUAAAUUGUGUGUAUGUGAUGAUGUGUGAUAGUGUGCGUGUCUUUGAAACUUUAACAUUGUAUAUUCUUUGAUGUUUUAGAAGGACUGGCUAUUUUCGGAUACGAUUGUUCUAAAUGAUAGCGAGAAGGGGUUUAUGCAAUGCUGCUUAUGAAAUAAUAAAAAUAUCAAUUUAA